AUGUCGACAAAGCCGGACGGUGAUAUGCAUCGAGAAAAGAAGAUGCGUGCAAUUGAUAUGUUGAAUCAUUUUAUUAACAAGCGGUCUCAAGCUAAAGCUAAAUCCGUGUCACCCACCGCACGUAAUUGGAAGAAUUCACGAUUAUCUCCACCCAACACUGAAGAGCCUAACGAGGAUGCAAACAAUGUAUCACCUACUCCAAAGAGACGAAAGUUUGCCCAAUCUAGUCCUGUAAGGAAACCAGAAGAGCCUGUGCUAUCAACGGACGUUCAACUAAAAUUACCAGCGACAGAAUCAUUGAAUGAUAAGGCUGAAGGUUCACCGGGCACGAAAUCAGUAGCAUUUUCGGACAAAUUAGACUCUUCGCCAACGCAGCGCACAAUGAAUUCUUCUCCUAGACAGACACCAGCUUCUGCACCUUCCAAAUCAAUCUUGCGAAACCCUAUCGAGUUUCAAAAGAAUGUCAGUCUAAUGGCUGAUCCUGCUGGGAAGCCGAAGUCAAAACUCGCGGGUCGAGGAGGACAAGUUAACGAUACUUCUGAUGAUAUUGAUCCAACAUCUUUGGCAUUUUGGGAGUUUGGAGAAGUGCAUAAAAUGCUCGAUUCCAGUAAUUUCAAGGAAUUUCAAAAAAUUAUUGAAGGUGGGUUGGAAAUCUUGGCGAAUAAUGAAAGGAGCCAUGUAGCUCGAAGAUUCGAGGUAUAUGCUUCAUUUAAUAACAUUAUACCACCAAACAAUUUGAAGUAUCAUUCGGAACUCAUUGAAAAGAAAUUUGAUAUUUUGAUUCACAACUUGAAAAAGAUUAUAGAGGUGUGUCUACCGCAUUUACGAACGGAACAAGAGAAAUUGCUUGGCGCUGGAAACAAAAAGAACCCUUUUGGUUCAAGACUUUAUAUUCAGAUCGUACGAUUGUUCGGGUCUUUACUCGCCCAUUAUCGUGUCAUGAGAGCGUUAACCAAGUUGCCAUCGUUGAAGGAACAGCUUGGGGAAGUUUUAGAGUUGUCAAAGGAAGCAUUGGUCCACCCAAAUGCAAAUAAAGUUAUCAUUGGGGCACAAUACACUCUACUAGCUUACGAGAAAUACGGGGCUUACUUUUUACAGAAGGAAGAUGUUAUGAGCAUAAUUAGAAGUGUUAUCAGAACAAAAGAUAUUCAGAGUACAAAUCUGAUUUGCGAAAAGCUCCAUCUUAUGAGAAAAUUCCUUUCAAAAUACACUAGCGUCAUGCUUGAAAUAAUACCGGAAUGGUUGCCAAGUGAAGUGCUUGCGCAAAUCCUCAGUGAUGAAGAGGUUCACUCAUUAAGUAUUCUACAGGCAGGGAUCGCGGUGGUUUUAGACCUUCUGAAGAAGUCUUUGGAUUCAUCCGCUAUUCACCAAACUAUCAACCGAUGCAUAAGAAAUACUCUGGCUAAAGAUGUUAUGCCUGAAGGUGCCCAAAAUCGAUCAGUACAUGGCCACUCUUUAGAGUGGGGCUCUACGACAUUGGAGGAAAUGUUGCAGAAGGAAAUUACUUUUCUAAUCAUCAGCAAGAAAGAAAUAAAGUUCGCGAUGGAUUUGUGGUUAGCAAUGAUGGGACUCUUGUAUAAUACAACUGAAGCUCUUCUGGAGCUUAGCGACACUGAUGAACGCGGGUGGCUCAGGUUGAAUCAUAUUUGUUUUUUAUCUGGAAACUCUUCUGCCAAAUUCAUCGCUCUGAAAGCCUGGAGAAUAAUUACCUAUUACAGCUGGGCUCAUGUGCAAGGCAAGUCCCUACAUCAUGACCAUGCCCUGAUUCGGCUUCUUAAAAUGCCAUUUGAAUUCUCAUCAACUUCUCACUUAGAACCUGAUGUCUGUGAAGGUCUUAUAUACUAUUUGACCGGCAUGGUUUUUGUCACUUGUGGAAAUUCAAAGGCUCAAGAACAAAAGACCUUUAGAUUCUUUUGGGAGAAUCUAAUUUCGCCAAUAUACCAUGACUUUCUUUUCACCUCUGAUAGCAUAAAGUUGAAGUCAGCCGCCAUCAAACUUCUCGCGGUAUUAAUCGAUGGCAAAAGUGAGACCGGGACUUCUAAAACCAAAAGCUCAUUUCCCUUGAAAGUUAUUGCUUCUGUUGGUGUUACCAUGAAGGAAAUUGAGCCCGUACCAGCAGAUACGGUAGACGAUGCGUAUGAAUUGGUGUUGACAUUGGUAAGCAACGCUUUGUCCAUUGACUCAUCCGAAUGGGCCACAAGGUUUGAGCUUUUCGACAGUAUGCUCAGAUUGCUACCGGCGGAAUUUAUCGAUGAUACUCAUUUAACGAUUUUUCUGGAUCUUGUCUCGCGGCUAUUUAGUCAAGCAAGUCUUCCAAAAGACCCCUCCACUGUUCUUUGUCCUCUCGUCUUAAGUUUGACGGGACCGUUUGCAAAUUUCGUUUUUGAAAGCAGCAAGAACUUUCAAAAGCUUUUGAAAGGUGUUGAUCAUUUUUAUGGGCAAGACUCAGAAAUUAGAUUGACCUUAAUGAAAGAGUUCUCUAAGAAGCUGAGGAGGCAGAUUUCAGAGUUCACUAUUAUUGAGAGGUUUCUGGAAGUUGGCGAUUUAUCUUGCCAAAGAUACGCGUCAAACUGGAUUGGUUCCGUUUUAUUGCCUAACACUCUCACGACAAGCGAGCUUCAUAGCUUUGCUAGCAUUGUCAAACUACUUCUUUCCCCUCAGGCUAUUGGUGCUCUAUUGAAUUUCUGCUUGAAUUCAAAAGACAAACCUGAUAUAUGCGAGCUAUUGAAUAUUGAUGAUUGGGGUGACGAAAAAGUCGCAAUACUUGUUAAAGCGGUUGUUUCCUUAAGCUCCAAUAAACUUGUUCCCUCUCUAGCGGUGAAGCUACAGAAAAUGCUACCUUCACGUGUCUCUUUAUUCAAUGAACUGUUUACAACUCUUCAAACCCUCAAAUAUGAAGAACUCAUAAGGCACGUCAUCAUCGCCAAUCCUGAAGCUGCCAAUGGUAUAAUAUUAUUAAAUGGCACCCAAGCGCCGGCUGUUUUGCCUAAGGGUUUACCGCGCGACACACUUUCUUACUUCGUUUCGCAGUUGCCCAAUUUUGAUGAGAACGCUCAACUUGGUAUGAUUAAAUGGAUCCUAGACAUGAAUGAGGCAGAUUUGCUGUUCGCUGAUCGUGGGGAGUGGAAAGAUUGCGUAUUCCUUAGAAUAGGAAAAGAUGGAGAAUUUUCGAAUGAAUUCAAGAUUCUGAUUGCAGAUGCUAUUAGCCAACUUUAUGAGAAGCAAUCCUGGAAAAACCUAAGCAAGUGUAUCCUGUAUUGUAUGACUUGUGGUCAGGUGCCAUGCGUCGAACAGGUGUACGUUAGGAUGAGAGAUAAAAGACGGGAAAACAAUUCGCCUAAAUCGCCCAAAGCUGACGAAUGCAAAUCUCUGAAUUCCAUUCUCAGUGAAAGUAUUAAGGAAAUUUAUCAAGGCGAUGCAAUAGAUACCGCAUUUGAGGUAACAACCUCCCUGAUUGAACUCAAAAAGGUGCAGAACUUCUCAUCAUGUCGCGAAGAGUUUUUGAACUUCUUCAUCAUUCGAGCAUCCAACUUUGUUUCAGUUGAACAAGCUAUCGCCUUAGAACUUUUCGAGAGAUUCAUUGCCGUUUUGAUGGAGUGCUUCGAUGAAAUUAUCCUAUCAUUUGUGGAAAGUAUCCUCUCAAGUAUCCUUAAAGUACUCACAGACCACUCGUUGCAGGUCUUUGGAUUGCUUAAUCAUCAUUUGACACUAAAAGGACACCUCUUUCAUAAGCUGGAGAACUACAAGACUUUAUUGGAAAAGUCCGGCGAAAGCAAGCUGGUGAAAGAGAAUGUAGAAGCGCAAUGUAGCAAUGGAGGUCCAACAUUGCUUGAACCAAUACAUACAGGAACUACUUCCAACGCGAGUGACAUGGGCCAAGAUAAAAAUCAAUCUGAUGACAUUAACAAAGCGGCCGUAUCUUACAUUAUAGAAGUACCUGCAACUCAGGGAAUAUCAAAAUCAGCAGAAUCGACAGAAGGACGGGAUUCCCAAAGAGAUAUGAAUAUUGUGACAUCGACUAUAAUACACGACACUGUUGAAAGUACCGAGAUAUCCAGUUUUGUAAAAAUGGAUGUAGCAAGUCAGAAGGCAUCUGAAGAAGUAGCAAGGGAGCAUGAGUCAUCUGAUGGUUUCUCGCUAACACCUGUCGCUCAGGCCAUCCCGGUCACCUAUCCGGUCGCACAGACUUCGGUGGAAGAGAUAACAACUAAUAAACAUAAAGAUGCUCAAGAUCCUGGCCAAAAAAAGGGAGCUAAUAUCGAUAAGAAAAAAGAGGCCACUGUCGAAUCCAACGACGAUUUUGCGCCUGCAGAGACAGACCAAGAUGAUGAAUUUCUCCUGGCAAUGGAGCAAAAACUGGAGACGACAUCUAAUAAAUUGGCACCAAUUAUAGGACAGAAUCCUCCUGAACAGAAUAAAUUGCAAUCAGUUUCAUUAGAUGAUGUAGAUGCUCCGGCGUCUUCAAAGAUUCGCUUUCCAAUCUUCAAUUCUUCAAAGUUUCAAGGCCGUAGUGUGAAAGUUCUGAAUAACACAACAAAUCUGACUCAGAACGCUAAGAAUGCAGACGAAAAGGAACCGGAUAAUAACGCAAGGUCUAACGGCCAAACCCUCGAAGAAUCAAGGUGCUCAGAGGAUGCAGUUUCCCGAGAUGCAACUCCGUCGCUGCGUAUGCACUUCCCAUCUAAAAAGGCAAGAAAACUGGUUAAUAGGGUGCGUGCUUUCACAGCAGAAGAUCUUUCACAUCUACCUCCUGAAGAAAAGAGAAAUUUGCGCAUAGAAUUAUUAGAUUUCCUCAUGAGCCUUGAACACGAGCAUGGGUUCUACCAAUAG